AUGGGUCCUACUGGUUUCAUCAAAUCAGAAAGAGGUCUAAAACAGGGUGAUCUGCUUUCUCAUUACCUCUACAUUAUAUGCUCUGAAGCUCUAUCCUCUUACAUUGAUAAUCUUCAGAAAAAGAAUAUUGUAGAGGGUAUUAAGGUCCAUAAAGAUGCCCCUGAAAUGACACAUCUUUUGUUUGCUGAUGAUUCUUUUUUGUUUUCUAAAGUCACUGCCCAGAAUUUUCUUGUCAUAAAAGACUACCUUCAAAAAUAUUGUUUGGCUUCUGGGCAAAAAAUAAAUUUUGAAAAAUCUGGAAUCUUGUUUAGUAGGAAAAUUCCUGAACAUAGGAAAGCUCUCCUGGCCAAUAUUUUAGACAUUCAAAGCAGGGAUCUGGGAGAGAAAUAUCUUGGAACCCCUACUGUUUUUCAAGCUUCUAAAAUCCAAAUUCACAUGAGAAUUCUUCAGGCUGUGGAUGCCAGAAUCACAGUCUGGCUUCAUAAGCUCUUAUCCCAAGCUUCUAGAACUACCCUUAUUAAGCACAUUGGCCAGGCUAUUCCUCUUUUCCAAAUGGGUGCAUUUCUUAUUCCUAAACACCUCUGCAAACAGAUGGAUUCCCAUCUCUGUAAGUUCUGGUGGGGUGAAAUAUUAGAUCCAAAAGAUAGGAAACUGCAUCUGCUUGGUUGGGACAUUCUUUGCUCCCCCAAAGCAGAAGGAGGUUUGGGUUUUAGAAAGGCUGAUCUAAACAGCCUAGCCAUGCUAGCUAGGAAUGCUUGGAGAAUUAUUGAAAAUCCUGAUUGCUUGUUAGCUACUGUUCUCAAGGCCAAGUAUUUCCCAAGAACUGAUUUCUUGAAUGCUAAGUGCACUGGAAAGUGCUCUUGGACCUGGAGGUGCUUGCAUGCCAUAAAAGAACUGAUUAAGCCUUUUAUUUAUUGGAUUGUGGGGGAUGGAAAUUUUAUUGAUCCUUGGUGUGAUAAAUGGAUUCCUUCUUUGGGUUCAGCUACACCAACCCCCCUUGUCCCACCUGACCCUAAUGUUAAAGUGUCUUAUUUUAUUAAUCCUCUUACUGGAAACUGUGAUGUUUCUAGACUCAAUACCCACUUUAACAAUGCUUUUGUUCAGAAUAUUGUUACCAUUCCCUUAAGCCAGCUUUGCAUUCCUGAUAGGAAGGCUUGGGAUCUUUCAAAGAAUGGAAAAUUUACCUCUAAAUCUGCCUAUAUGGGACUCAGAGGCCUUAGGCCAUCUCCCUGUAAAAAUCUUUGGAUGCGUAUCUGGAAAGUUAGAAUCCCAUACAGGAUUCAAGUGUUUUUAUGGAAAGCAGCUAGAAAUGCCCUGCCUUCUAGAACUAUUUUGCAUACUAGAAUGCCUAUGCAGACUGUGGAUUGCCCCAGCAAAAACAAUUUUAUUUUUCAAAAUAUGUCUGAGGACCAUAUCACUGUCCUAGCCAGAGCUAGAGCUAUGCUCCUUACUAGGAAAUAUAGUAUCACUGUCUCCCCUAUGUUGUCUGUUGGUGUUUGUGAUAAAUGGAUGCCCCCCUCUCUUGGUUGGAUCAAAUGUAAUACUGAUGGUGCCUUUGAUGUGAUCUCUGGAGCAAAUGGUGUAGGGUAUGUGAUGCGUGAUUUUGCAAAGAAAGCUACCUUUUGUGCCUCCUUAGUCUUCGAAGUUCACUCUGCCGAAGAAGAUGAAGCCAGAGCCAUCUGGGCAGUCCUGAAGAAAGACUUGGAGCAACAGUUCACUCACAUCAUAGUUGAAAGUUAUGCGAAAUCUCUCAUUGACCAAUUUUCUGAUGGCAAGUUUGAUGGAGACUCGCGUACGGAUGCAAUCUUCAAAGACAUUCAAUUUUACUCUUCUAAGUUAGUUGCUUGUGUUUUUAGUUUUCAACCGCGUAUUUGUAACUCUGUAGCUCAUUAG